AUGCCCUCUAUUGGACUUAUAUUGUGGCAUUUUUUUCUGCUGCUAAGUUCGAUGACAUUAACUGAUGCAGCUACUAGUUCGUCAUCAUCAGCAUCAUCGUCAAGUUCAUCAUCGUCAUCUUCAUCAUCUUCGUCGGCUGCUUCAACGUCGACAUCGAGUGCAAGUUCUUCAUCCAAAUUUAUUAAAACAUCUUCCCUUCUAACAUGUAUGGAAGAUUCAAAAUUCUCUGCAUCUUAUUUCGAUGUCAAGUUUUUUCCAAAUAACUUAACAGUUACUUUCGAUAUAGAUGCUACAACUACCAUAAAUGCAAACGUUAUUUUGAAAGCUCAAUUGAUUGCAUAUGGUCUUAACGUUUUUGAAGAUACUUUCGAUCUAUGUUCUAUCAACGAAGUUGCCGUUUGUCCAUUAACUUCAGGUAGAAUCGAUUUAGCUUCUUCCUAUACCUUAACUGAUUCAGACUUAACAAAGCAAAUUCCUAGUAUUGCUUAUACAAUUCCAGAUCUAGACGCUCAAGUUCGUGUCUUGGUCUAUGCACAAAAUGACACGAGUUUUAGCACACCUUUAGCUUGUGUUCAGGCAAUUUUAAGUAAUGGUAAAACAGUCCAAACCAAAUAUGCUGCAUGGCCUAUCGCAGCUAUUACUGGUACAGGGUUGCUGACUUCUGCUUUUAUCUCUGUGAUUGGUUACACAAUGACUGCAGCUCACAUUGCCUCCAACUCUAUUUCUUUAUUUAUUUACUUUCAAAAUUUGGCUAUCACUUCAAUGAUGGGUGUUUCCAGGGUUCCACCGAUUGCAGCUGCUUGGACUCAGAAUUUUCAAUGGUCUAUGGGUAUCAUCAAUGCGAAAUUCAUGCAAGACAUUUUUAAUUGGUAUAUUCAAGCAACAAAUGGUGUUUCAACAGUUGUUGUUGCAAAUAAGGAUAUUUUAUCCAUUAGUGUUCAGAAAAGAAAUUUGCAAAACCUCGUGAAGAGAGCUUAUUCUGUUGCUUCAAGCAGUGAAUAUAGUUUUGACAACAUUUUAAGUGAUCAAUCUCUGUACACAACUACAGAAAGAAACACAACAGAAUAUACAUCGAAAAUUUUGGUCUUGAGAGGUAUCGAACGUGUGUCAUAUUUGGCAGGUAUCGAAUUAUCAAAUUUCUUCCUAACAGGUGUGGUAUUCACGUUAUUCUUCUUAUUCUGUUUGAUAGUGUUUUUAAUAUUCUUUAAAGCUCUAUUGGAAGUUUUAACUCGUGCCAGAAUAAUGAGUGAAUCCACUAAUUUUUUCCAAUACCGAAAAAACUGGGCUAGUAUUAUGAAAGGUACUCUAUUUAGGAUGACUGUUAUCGCUUUCCCUCAAAUAUCACUACUAGCAAUUUGGGAGUUUACUCAAGUAGAUUCUCCAGCUGUUGUUGUUGAUGCAGCUUUUGUUUUUGUUAUCUUUACAGGUUUACUGAUUUACGGUACAGUAAGAGUUAUAUUAAAAGGUAGAGAAUCAAUUAAACUGUAUAAGACACCAGCUUAUUUACUGUAUGGUGACACUGUAUUCUUUAAUCGGUUCGGAUUUUUAUACAGUCAGUUCAACGCAGACAGAUACUGGUGGUUAAUUCCUCUGCUAUUUUAUUUAUUCUUCAGAUCAUUAUUUGUGGCAGUAUUGCAAGAAAAUGGUAAGCCGCAAGCUCUGAUUUUAUUUAUCAUUGAAUUAGCAUACUUCGUUGCUCUCUGUUGGAUUAGACCUUAUCUGGAUAAGCGUACUAAUAUUUUUAACAUCGGUAUCCAUCUGGUCAACACUAUAAAUGCAUUAUUUUUCAUGUUCUUCAGUAACCUUUUUAAGCAACCUGCUAUUGUAUCGUCAGUUAUGGCGAUUAUCUUAUUCAUUAUGAAUGCCGUUGUUGCUUUGAUUCUGUUAAUAUUCACUAUUAUCACAUGUACAAUUGCAUUACUUCACAGAAAUCCUGAUUCUCGUUACCAACCUAUGAAAGACGAUCGUGUUUCCUUUAUUCCAAGAGUUGAAGAAAAUACAUACUUUGUUAAUCAAGACUCAGAAUUAUUUGAAAUGGGUAAGGUCGCUAUGGAUACCAAUGAGACUGAGAAAGAAAGAGAAGCUAGACUUGAAAAGUAUGGUAACAAUAUGGGGAGUACUAGGUUGCUAUUCGAUGACGAUGCUGAAAGCACUUUCUCCAAAGGUAACAACAUUAGAGUAUCAACCUUUAGCGAUAGUUCAUCUGCUAUUGUUCAACCAUCCUCUGCUGUCAUGGAGACAACAAACCAUCUAAGUAUGCCACAUUAUCAAAACACCGCAACAAAUCAAGUAUCACCAAGAAGAGGUCAAAACCUUCAAAGACCAGAGAGUAGUUUCUUUUUAAAUGGCGGUUCUUCAAAUGGUGAUAUAUCGAAUUCUUCAAGCAAUCUACCAAGAAGUAAUCCCUUUUCAUCAAAAAACAACAAUGCAUUUUUAUAG